UACGCUUUGGUAUUUGGUUGUACACACGUGGGCCGAGUCAACAAACAAAUGGAAGCUUAUGUCAAGAAUUUACAGGGUUUUUUCUCUCAAAUUCUAACUCAUUAAUAUUACUAUUUUUACUUGAUAUCAAGAAAUUGAAAAGACGCGUUUCAGAUCAUAAGUUUUAAGCCGGACGGUCUUGGUCAGUCUAUGUGAAGUGGUACUGGCGGGAAAAUUUCAUACACCAUUGGAUUUAAUGGUGAUUCACUGACUUUGAUGAGUAAUCGUUCGAAGCUGAAAACAUGUGCGGGCGGACUGCAUGCACUUUGGCCCCGGAUGAUAUCUGUCAAUCCUGUACCUACAGAGAUGGUGGUGGAGAAAAACGGGAACCAAAAUGGCGGGACCCACCUGGAGACCAGAAAUACUACCCUAGUCACAACAUUGCUCCUGGUGCUCACACCCCUGUAAUCAUCUCCGGUGGACAUAGGUUUGGAUUUGAAGAGCAGAGUAUUUCAUCAGAGCGCGUUAUUCAGCCCAUGCAGUGGGGGCUUGUUCCUUCCUGGCACAAGGGGUCCCCGAAAAAGGUCAGCUACGAGACCAACAAUUGCCGAUCAGAGAGCAUGAUGGAGAGACCGACAUACAAGACGCCGUUACAGAAGGGGCGUCGCUGUGUGGUGUUAGCAGACGGGUUUUUUGAGUGGAAGAGGGACCAAGCAAAGAAACAGCCCUACUUUAUCUACUUUCCUGACAAACGCACAACUGCAUCAGGGGAAGACAACUGUAAUUUCCCUAAAGUAAAGAAGGAGGAGGUCGAAAAUAAAAAUGUAGUAAAACAUGAGAUGGACAUAAAAGAAGAGAAAGUGAAAUUGAAACAGGAAGUUGGAGAUGAGGAUCAGUCAGAAAUAGAUUUCAACAAUGAGAAUGUGUGUGUGAAACAGGAGGUUAAAUCAGAAACUACUGGUUGCACAGGAAGAGGGAUUCAGGAAAGAGAAGAUGGAGGAACAAACAAAAUACUGCUGACAAUGGCCGGUGUGUUUGAUGUGUGGAAACCCAGCAGUGGCUCACAGCCAGUGCUUUCUUACAGUGUUAUCACAGUAGAAUCGUCCCCUGCCAUGACAAAAGUUCACCACAGAAUGCCAGCUUUACUUCUGAAUGACAAAGAAAUUCAGGAAUGGUUGGAUUAUGAAAACGUUCCACUAGAAAAGGCCAUUAAACAUAUUCGAGCCACAGAGGAAAUUCAGAUGCACCCAGUGUCCGAUGUUGUGAACAAUUCCAGAAAUAAAACUCCAGACUGUACGAAGCCCAUAGACCCCACAAAGCCCAAAACAACGCCUAGCAGUAACCUGAUGAUGAAGUGGCUGUCCAAGGGUAAAAAGGAAACAUCUGUAGAACCAUCGGCGAAACGGAUCAAAACGGAAGCAGAAUAACCACAAAGUAUGAGCGGAGUAACCACAGAGACCAUCAGACAGGCUUCAACAGAGUGGAACAUGAGCCAAUGGCCCACACACUGCCGUGAAUAAGACACAGUGAACUCUCAUGGAUUGUUACACAGUGAACUGUCAUGGAUGAAUACACAAAAAAACUGUUGUAACAGACAAAAAUCAAACAAAACACAUAGAAACCAAGAUAUGCAUGUGUAAGUAGUGAAAAGCUGAUCUGUCUGACAGGGAGCAAGAUACUAAUGAUGCAAGCUAGAUUUCAAAUCCUGUUGGUCAGAAUGACUGCUGGGCGAGUGCGGUUGUAUUUGUUGAUGUGGAUACUGUGUAUGGAUAUUUGUGUAAGCACUUGUAACCUACCUUAACAAUAGCUUCUUGUAGUUAGUUGUAUUAUAGUCAGUAUAACAAGGGUUGCCUUUGAUUAAUAUUGAUAGGGUCAUUUGAAGAAAAUGGUUGGAAAGCCAGAAAUUUUGGUGCAUGUUCAGGGGUGAUGGAGGUACCGAAUUCCUGUGAAUUUUCAUUUGACAUGUUAUCAUUUAGUCACAGCCCUGGUGGUUAUUCAGAAGAUUUUUUUAUAUAUGUUACAUUAAAUGUUUUGUCAAUAAACCUUGUAUGAUUUUUAAA